AUGUUGGACAUCGAGGAACCGUUGGUCAAGAACAAAAAGUAUCCGUUUUUCAAGACGCCCAGACUUGGAGGGUCAAGAAGAAUCCGGAAUAGGCUUGUUCAAAAGCAGGGUCUCUGCAACAUCAGUCUCAAAAAUGUCCCAAAACAAAGGCGAAAAUAUUUCUCCGACAUCUUCACAACGGUCAUUGAAAUGAAAUGGAGGUGGUGCCUUCUUUACUUCUCACUGUCGUUCAUGAUCAGUUGGUCAUUUUUUGCAACCGUCUACUACCUCAUCGCCAAACAACAUGGAGAUAUCGAACAGAUUGCGAAUGCUACUUGGACACCAUGCAUUGUCAAUGUGCACAACGAACUCAACGCAUUUCUCUUCUCAUUCACUACUCAAACUACUAUUGGAUAUGGAUUCAGAUACCCAACCGACGCCUGCCCGUUAACCAUUGUCACUAUGUGUUUCCAAUUCAUGUGGGGUGUCAUGACACAAACCCUUAUGGCUGGUAUUAUCUUCUCCAAACUAGCAAGACCGAUAAAACGAGCUGCAACACUGAUCUUCUCCAAAAACGCGGUAAUUUGCUUGAGAGAUGGAAAGCUUUGUCUUCUAUUCCGAGUGGGUGACAUGAGAAAGUCCAGUUUGGCAGAGGCACAUGUUCGACUUCAGAUGAUCAAGAGAUGCGUCACGUAUGAAGGAGAGUUGUUACCAUUUCAUCAAUUUGAUAUGGAUGUCGGAUAUGAUCAAGGAUUGGACCGAGUAUUCGUCAUCUGGCCCAUCACUAUUUGUCAUGAAAUAGACGAAAGAAGUCCGCUUUGGGAGAUAGGAGCUGAUGAUUUGAAAAGUGCCAAAUUUGAAAUAAUUGCCAUUCUGGAAGGUGUCGUUGAAAGUGUUGGCUCUACCACACAAGCAAGAACCAGUUAUCUACCAUCGGAAAUUCUAUGGGGACACAGAUUCGAAAAACUGGUGCAUUACAAAAAGGAGAACGGACAGUACAACAUCGACUUUGGCAAGUUUCACAAUGUGUACUCCGUGAACACACCUACUUGCUCUGCAGCGGAAAUUGAACGACUAAGGUCCGAGGGAACAUUCAACGAGUCGGAAUACCAAAUGUACCCACCAUCAGACAACAAGCUCAACCUUCUUGACAAUGAUGAAAUGUCCCCUGUCCGUGACUCAAUGGACCUCUCCAACCAGGUACCACAGAUUCAAAUUCUUCGACGAGAUAGUGAUGAAGACCCAGAUGCAGGCGAAGAAAGUAUGGAAUUGGUUGACCUCGGAAUCCACCAUAAAUGCUCAAUCCGUUCCCAGUCACCUAUCAUCAACUCGACCGCACAUCUCCUUCAGCCAAUGCACAAGAAUUCAUGCUCUGUUCGAAGAGGCAUGUUAGCUCCACCUGCUUCUCACUCUUAG